CACUCUCAGACGCUCCACCCAUCACGUGCCUCUCCCGGUCUCGUGACCAGAACCCGGACGCAGCGACGGACAGACGUGGCGAUAGCUGCGACGAUGACGCCGCUGGUGCUGGUGGUGGUGGUCAUUGCCAUGGUGACCGCAGUGAGCGUGGAGGCAGCGCCAAGCAUGGAGACCACGAAUGGAACAUUCCGCUUCGCCUCCUACUACGGGGACCACAUGGUCCUGCAGAGGGAACCAAGCGGCGCCCCCGUGUGGGGGUUUGGCAGCCCCGGCGCCCGCGUGGUGGUGGUGCUCUACCGGGGCGGCGCCGAGGGGGAGGGACCGAGGAUGCUGGUGCAGAGGCACGAGGCCAACGUGUCGACAGGGCUGGGCACGUGGUUCGUGACCCUGAAACCCACGGCGGCGGGCGGCCCUUACUCUCUGGAGGCCACGGAGCUGGAGGCGUCGUGGGGGGCCGCCCCGAGGGGCCGGGGUCUCCGCGUCACGCUGAGCGACGUGCUCUUUGGCGACGUGUGGCUCUGCGGGGGGCAGAGCAACAUGGAGAUGACCGUGAAGCAGGUAAUGAACGCCAGCUGGGAGCUGGCUCAAGCCUGGCGCUAUCCCCGCAUCCGUCUCUUCGCCGUGGCGCUGGAGCAGUCGACGCGGCCGCUGACCGACCUCUCGCGAGUCGACCUCCCCUGGAGCAUCCCCACGGCCGAGAACCUGGGCGAGGGAGACUUCUCCGUCUUCUCCGCCGUCUGCUGGCUGUUCGGCCGCGACCUCCAGCGCGCCCUGACGAGCCGCGGGGCGGCCGCCACGGUGCCCGUGGGCCUCGUGCAGUCCUGUUGGGGCGGCACCCCUGUGGAGGCCUGGUCGUCACCGCAGGCCCUUGCACGUUGUGGCCUGCACGCCCGGCACGCCCCGCACGCCCGGCACGCGCCCGGAGGCUACGGCGACGCCGACGCCGCCGCCGCCAGGUUCAGAUCAUCGAAGGGCGUUUUGGCUGCUGCUGGAAUUGUCCAUACGAGUAGCCGGUGUGGCGGUGUAGUAUCGUGAACGUCGCCACUGGGGAGACAAAGGCGGCCGGGCGUAGUGGUGCUGGCCACCCACCCCCCUCCGUG